AUGUCUCUCUACAGGGAUGCAGAAACGGUGCUCACGGCCAAUGCCCAGGAAGGUUCCCUCAAGUCUCGAAUAUACGGGAAUAAACAGGGGUUGAAAUCGAAGCCUGCGCACAUUUACGCGCUCAUUUCAGAGACUGCAAAAUACGACCACUUCAUCAAAGAAGUUGUCGACAAUGCAAACCUCCUGGCUCAAGAACCAAAGUUGACACCAAUCCUUUCCUUGCUUCUCGUCCACGACCAUUUCUUCUCGAAGAAGGGCCUCGCAGCACCAUCCGCACAUCCCCUCCGACAGGCGAUCGAAAGAAACAAAGCGAGGCUGCAGGCGGAAUUUACAAAAGCCAGACUGCGGAGGAGGUGCGCCACAUUAGACGAACUGCGAAGCAGUCUUGAGGCCGAACGACCGCGAGCAACUCGAUCUCAGCCAAGAUGGGUCCGCAUCAAUACAUUGAGGACGAGCCUCACACAAGAGCUUGAUACGACCUUUGAAGGAUACCAGGCGAUACCGACCAUCACGGAGGUCACCGGUUCCUCGGCUACGGAAAAGGUUCUGGUUGUCGACCGGCAUGUGCCAGGUCUAAUCGCCCUUGCUCCAGAGGCAGAUGUGACACAAACACAAGCUUACAGGACCGGAAAACUCAUUCUGCAGGACAAAGCUUCGUGCUUCCCUGCUUAUCUCCUGGUCGGGGAAAAUGACAGCGAUUCUGAUAUAGGUGACUGCAUCGAUGCCUGUGCUGCGCCCGGAAACAAGACUUCUCAUCUCGCGGCGCUGCUUGUCAAAAGUGGAAGGCUCGAAAGCAAGCUAUUUGCUUGUGAACGGGAUGUCAACCGGUCGCAGACAUUAUUACGCAUGAUGCAGAAGAGCGGGUCAGAUGCUGUGAUAGUUCAACCAAGUUGUGACUUUUUGACCCUCAACCCUCAUGACAGCAAGUACAGGAAAGUCACGCAUCUUCUCCUUGACCCGAGCUGCUCUGGCAGUGGAAUUGUUGGGCGCGAAGAUAUUCCUGCCUUGGCGUUACCUGUUGACCCAAGAUCUGAAAAGACGAACUCGGCAGCCUCUGAAAAGUCCUCCAGGAAGAGGAAAAGAGACCAUGGUCACACCGAGACUGUCCACAAUGCAAUUGAAGCCGAGGAGACGAAAGACAUUGUCUCAGAUAGCACCCGACUGCUGAAACUUUCGAAUUUGCAGACCAGAAUUGUUGAGCAUGCUCUUUCUUUCCCAGCCGCCAUCCGAGUCACGUAUUCGACCUGUUCAGUGCAUGUGCAGGAAAAUGAGGCAGUCGUUUCCCGAGUGCUACAAAGCAGUAUUGCAAAGGAAGGUAAAUGGCGACUCUUGCGGAAAGCAGAACAAGCUUCAGGGAUGCGUGACUGGAGGCAUCGGGGUAUAACCAUGCCAGAGGAAGAAGCGAGCUCCGUUUCCGCUUUGAGCGAGGGGGAUCGCGAAGCAUGUAUUCGGUGCUACCCAGGAGACGAUGAGGGGACUAUGGGAUUCUUUGUAUGCUGCUUUGUCCGUUCGCUUUCUGGAACAACACAGCGUUCUGCCGAAGCUAUCGGUACUCCGGAAGGAGAGGAGAGCUGGGAGGGCUUUAGCGACUAG